UCCAUGGGCGUAUCUAUAGUGCUCUACUGAGAAGUCACAGCAGUCAGUGGUUUGAUCAGUAAUAUCCAGCUAAAUACAUACAUAUAUAUAUAUAUAUAUAUUUAUUUAAACUACUGCUCAGGAGUCAUGGACGAAGUGACAGGCGCUCAGCUCAUUGCCGAGUCUCUGAAAACUCAGAAAGUGGAGUACAUGUUUGGAAUAGUCGGUGUUCCUAUCAUUGAAGUGGCCAUGGCUGCUCAGGCUGCUGGGAUCAAAUAUGUGGGAAUGCGUAACGAGCAGGCGGCGUGCUAUGCUGCAUCUGCGGUUGGAUACAUAACAGGGAGACCAGGAGCCUGCCUGGUGGUGUCUGGACCUGGACUCAUUCAUGCUCUGGGUGGGAUGGCCAACGCCAACAUGAACUGCUGGCCAGUGCUCGUGAUCGGCGGCUCCUCGGAUCGAAACCAGGAAACGGCAGGAGCCUUCCAGGAGUUUCCCCAGGUGGAGGCGUGCCGCCUCUACAGCAAGUUUACUGCCAGGGCCAGCAGUCUGGAAGCUAUCCCCUCAGUCAUAGAGAAGGCAGUUCGCACCAGCAUAUACGGACGCCCGGGUGCUGUUUACGUUGACAUCGCAGGGGACAUGGUCAAUGCUAAAGUAGAGCGGGACAAAGUCAGGGAAGUGUCCUGCUGUCCACCACCACCUGUGAGUUUGGCCGCCAGCGCUGCAGUUGAAGAGGCCCUCUCCGUCCUAAAAGCAGCAAAGACACCAUUGGUCAUCAUUGGAAAGGGAGCAGCUUACGGCAGGGCGGAGGCUGUGCUGACGGAGUUUGUGGAGGAGAGUGGGCUCCCGUUCCUGCCCACACCUAUGGGCAAAGGAAUCCUGCCCGACGAUCACCCCAGCUGUGUGGCCGCUGCUCGCUCCAGAGCUCUUCUUCAGGCCGACGUCGUUCUCCUGCUCGGAGCGAGGCUAAACUGGAUGCUGCAUUUUGGUCUGCCACCCAGAUUUAAUCCUGAUGUUAAGAUCAUUCAGGUUGACCUCUGCGCCGAGGAAAUGGGAAACAACGUGAAGGCACGUGUUGCUCUCCUGGGGGACGUCGGUGCUGUUGUGUCUCAGCUUCUGACGUGUGUCCGCAGAGAUGGCUGGAAAUAUCCCUCUAAGACCGAGUGGUGGAGCGCGCUCAGCGAGAAGGUUGCUGCUAAUAUAAAAACAUCAAAGGAUCUGGCUCUUAAGGAAACGUUGCCCAUGAACUACUACACUGUGUUUCAUCACAUUUCUCAGCUGCUUCCACGCGAUUGCAUCAUUGUUAGCGAGGGCGCUAACACUAUGGACAUCGGACGCACCAUGCUGAAUAACUACCUACCCCGACACAGGUUGGAUGCGGGCACCUUUGGAACGAUGGGAGUCGGCCUUGGCUUCGCCAUAGCAGCAGCUGCCGUGGAGACGACCAGGACCAAACCCCAAAGAGUUGUCUGUGUGGAGGGAGACAGCGCCUUCGGCUUCUCUGGCAUGGAGGUCGAAACCAUGUGCAGGUAUAAUCUGCCUGUGAUCAUUAUUGUGGUCAAUAAUAAUGGCAUUUACAGUGGAGUAGAUGCCAAUACGUGGAAAGAAAUGUCAAAAAUGGGUGACCUGACCUCUGUGGCGCCUCCUGUCUCCCUUCUGCCCGACGCCCGCUAUAAUGAGGUAAUGACGGCAUUUGGAGGUCAGGGGUUUCUGGUGAGGACCUCGGAGGAGCUGCGCGACGCCUUGCAGCUCUGCCUGACCGACUGGGAGAGACCGAGUCUGCUCAACGUGCUCAUUGAUCCUUCGUCUGACAGAAAGCAGCAGGAGUUUCCUUGGCUCACACGCUCCAACCUUUAAGACUCGAACCUUCGUCCAGAACGUCAGCGGAUGAGCAGUGGAAGCUUUAAAACAUGAAACUGUUUUAAUUUUAUUGAUUGUUCCUAUGAAAUAAUUAAUGUUUUUUGAUACUUGCUAUGUUUUAGGAGCUAGCAACCUUUUACAGUUCACACAGUGAAACUUUUUUCACUAUAGUUAAUAUUUUCUUCUGAAAGACUUGAUAUGAUAAUAUUAAGAGAAUGAAUAUUGAUGCUGUUGAAUAAAAUAAAACAAAAUAAUGCUUAAAAUUA